AUGAACACAUUCAAUAUAAGGAAGCUCUCCUCUUUGAGAGGAAGUACUGAGGAUGGGUGGGUUCACUUUCCACAACGCUCUGAUCUUUCCCUCACCUUUAUCAAGAUAAACAGCAAUCAAAUAAAGCUCAAAGUGAUGUGGAGAGCUACUAUUCUAGAACAAAUCGAAUUUUCCCCUUGUAGCCAACUUUCUUAUCAAAGUGCAUCGCUACAAGUAACUACUAGAUAUCCUUACUUGGCCUUCAAGUGGUUGGAUGGAAAUACCAUUUCAAAGAAAUUCCAAGUUGGAUUCAACGACACAAUAGAGUACGAAAGAUGUGUAGCUCAUAUCAAUUUAUUGGGAAUCACUAUAAAGUACUUGGGUGAUAGUAGGCAAUAUUCUCAACAUUACGAUCAAAAUUCCCAGUUUCUUUCCCAAUUUCCACCGUCUCAAACUAUUCAUUCACAAGUCCAGUCUCAGAUCAAACAUCAAUCUCACAUUCAAGUUCAACUUCCAGAGCACUCCCAGGCUAUUUACUCUCAGUAUUCUCAACAAUCGCCAAUAAAUUUGACCCAAGAAUACAAUUUCCUGAUCCCAGUAGAUAAUGAUACUACACUAGUGGAGUUCACUGAACUUAACAAUAAAGACGAUAAUCAUUCGCUGUCCCCAAAUAUUUACUCUAUGUCAGAUGAAGAUAUUAAACAAAUCAUAAAACAAAAAUUAAAAAACCCUGAAUUUGUAAAGUUUGUUGAGAGAUUAGAUGAACUACUAAAGUGA